GUGUGCAGUAUAAGUAUGGGUCUCCAUCUGAGUGAGUGGCAGAGCAGAGAGAGAAACUGAACAGCUCUCUGCUUUGCAACUCUCGGAGAAGGAAAAGCACACGCUCUUCGUUCGCUGAAAGUUCUCAGGAGGGUCUGGAACCCGCGGAGAAGCAGCGCAGGCAGCUGAGAGAGGUGGCCUCCAACCCAUCAAGAGGAACCUGAGAGAUCUGCUUGGGAAUUAAAGCCUUCUAGACGAGGAGGAGGAGAAGAAGAAGAAGAAAGAAGUCAGGGCUGGGGAGAACUUUCCUGGUUUGCUCUGUGGACUUUUUGCUUCAACGCCAAGUGGAGUUAGACGGCCACAAUUUUUCUGGGGGGAUCUCUGAUUCAGUUGUGUUUGGUGCUUCUGGGGAGAAGAAAGCAAGUCAGUUCCUGGGCAGAGUGGUUUGGAGAAGAGUCACUUGUUGAGGGUGGAAGUGUUCUGGGGCUACAGUAGCAGAGGUAGAAACGAUGCAGGUGGACAACUUCAACCAUGGGAACCUCCAUUCUUCCCAAGGUCACCGCGGGAUGGCCAACAACAAGCCCAACGUCAUCCUUCAGAUAGGAAAGUGCAGGGCUGAGAUGCUAGACCAUGUGAGGAGAACCCAUCGGCACCUCCUGACCGAGGUGUCCAAACAGGUGGAGCGGGAGCUGAAAGGCCUACAGAAAUCGGUGGGGAGACUGGAGAACAAUCUAGAGGACCACGUUCCCUCAGCCGCAGAGAACCAGAGAUGGAAGAAGUCCAUCAAGGCUUGUCUGGCUAGAUGUCAGGAGACCAUUGCUCACCUGGAGAGGUGGGUCAAGAGGGAGAUUAAUGUCUGGAAGGAAGUCUUCUUCCGCUUGGAGAAAUGGGCCGAUCGGUUGGAAUCUGGCGGGGGGAAGUACCCUCAUGCUGAUCACGCCAGGCAAACUGUCUCGGUGGGCGUAGGGGGUCCGGAAAUUCAACCCAGCAAAGAUGAGAUUUAUGAUUACGCCUUAGACAUGAGUCAGAUGUAUGCCCUGACCCCUCCUCCUAUCGGGGAAGCCCCUAGUGUGCCUCAGCCCCAUGACUCCUAUCAGUGGAUCACUGUCCCAGAAGAUACGCCAUCCUCCCCGGUGGAGACCCAGAUUUUUGAGGAUCCCAGGGAAUUCCUGACUCAUCUGGAGGAUUAUCUGAAGCAGGUGGGUGGGACCGAAGAGUACUGGCUCUCGCAGAUCCAGAACCACAUGAAUGGUCCUGCCAAAAAAUGGUGGGAAUACAAGCAGGACUCGGUCAAGAACUGGCUGGAGUUUAAGAAAGAGUUCCUCCAGUACAGUGAGGGUACUCUGACACGGGAUGCCAUCAGACAGGAACUGGACCUGCCCCAGAAGAAUGGGGAGCCCCUUGACCAGUUCCUUUGGCGCAAAAGGGACUUAUACCAGACUCUACACACAGAGGCUGACGAAGAAGAGAUCAUCCAGUAUGUUGUAGGGACCCUCCAGCCCAAACUUAAGCAUUUUCUUAGCCACCCCUACCCCAAAACCUUAGAACAGCUGAUCCAGCGGGGCAAGGAAGUUGAGGGCAACUUUGAUCAUUCUGAGGAGCCCAGUCCCCAGAGGUCCCCCAAAAACCAGUUAGGAGGAUCAGUGGAAAGUUUACCCCCUUCUUCGACUGCUAGCCCUGUCGCUAGUGAUGAAACCCAUCCAGAUGUUUCUGCUCCACCAGCCACGGUGAUCUGAGCCCAGAAAACAAGGCACUAGACACACAGGUGGGAACUAUCAGCUUCUUGAGCAGGUUUGUUCCCAUUCAGUGGGUGCCUCGGGCUACCCUGAAGAUACUGAGAUCUCAGCUCAGCAGCUGGUUGAAGGUGACUGGCUUUUUCUUCUGGUAUCCCACGUGGAGAUCAUAGCAAGCUUGAAUCAUCUGAGGUGCUUCAAGCUGGAACCUCGGUAGCUGAGUUUGAGAAUGGCUUUCUAAAAGCAAGGAUUGGACGAUGUUAUCAAGGUAGGAAUCCUUCUUUUGAGGCAGAGACAACUGUGUCCCCGUGGGUGAUGAUUCCCUAGGGAUUUAAAUAGACACCAACACAGAAGGUCCAUCCUUCUAACGUCAGUUCUGUCCUUCAACGUGGUUUUCCUUCCAGGCAUUCUCUCGUCCUUCCAGGUAGCUGUUGAGAGAUGACGUCUGUUUAUCUCUGCAUUAGCCAAUGGAUUUACUGACUUUCUAGGAAGUUUCUAUUUUUUUAUAAUUUCCUCGGCAUCUUUUAGACCAAGCUCCAAAACCUGUUGGAAAGCAAGUUUCAAGUGUCCUGGCAGAAUUUCAACAGAAAUUCCAGCCACCACUUGAAGUUGUGUUGUUUUGGCCUCCGUUGUGAUUCUUAGAUGGGUCUCUGGAUUCUCUCUGACCUGAUUUUUAAGGUCCUUCAGCUCCAGGAAAGCCCUUAGUAGAUACAAACUUCCCACCUUUCCUUCUCUAAAUCCAUGCCAUUGAGAGGAGAAGGGUUCAUACAAUUGAAUGUCUUGCCUCAUACACGAGGGCGAUAAGCAGAGUUCUAGAGAAGAUAGAGAUUUUUAAGAAAUGUCUAUGGGGUUCAGAAAAACAUAGAAGACGCUGAGGUUGGAGGGAUGCAUAGACUAUAAGAAGGGAAAAUGUUGCACAAACACAGCUUGAAUGUAGAAUUUAUCCCGCCUACAAGAACAUCUACUAAAGUUGUACUAGCUUUCGCUAGUUGAAAAAAAAAAUGGACUGAGUAUUUCAGUAGUGGGGAUCACCUUACCAAAGGUGUAAAGACCCUUGAAGCUGUUUAGCUGAGCCUCAUUUGAUGAUGCAAACAAGAAGCAAAUUGGGAGGAAGAUCCGCAACUUUGAGACUCUUGUGCAGUUAAAGACAGAAAAGAAGAGAGAAGUAAACACCAAAGUUCGUAUCUUGGGCAGACAACGUGGCAUGCAGAGGAGGUGAUGAAGAGCAGCUGUGAAAAUCUUGCUGGGAACCAUGGGGAGAUGUGAUUCCUUCCCAUAGGCUAGAGUGACUCAUUCAAAACUGGCUGCGAGUUCAGCGCUUCCUGAAUCACACGUGGAGCAGAGAUGGAGACGGAGGGACGGUUCUGGAAAAGCCCAGAAAGCAACAGAGUUGGAUGGACGUCAUCUUCCCCUAGCUCCUGCUGCUCUCGCAGAACGAGUGCCUGAAGAAGGAGAAGGGAGUUGUUUUCUUCUGUGGUUGGUGACAUAGCACCUGAAUUCUUCAACGGCUUCACCUUUUGCAUGCAGAAGUGGUGUUUCCUGAGGAACU